AUGGCUGCUGUUGCUCUGCAGAUUGCUGGACUGAUCCUUGGAGGCAUUGGCACAGUUGGAACUUUUGCCAUCACAGGCAUGCCUCAGUGGCGAGUGACUGCUUUCAUUGAAAACAAUGUUGUAGUCUUUGAAACCUUCUGGGAAGGCCUCUGGAUGAACUGCAUUCGGCAAGCUUCCAUCAGGAUGCAAUGCAAGGUCUAUGACUCCCUCUUGGCACUGUCGCCUGACCUUCAGGCUUCAAGAGGUCUGAUGUGUGCGGCUUCAGCCCUGGCAUUCCUUGCUUUUGCAGUAGCUGUUCUUGGUAUGAAGUGUACACAGUGCACAGGAAAUGAUGACCGAAUAAAGGGGUAUAUUUUGCUGGCAGGUGGCAUCACUUUCAUUCUGGCUGGUAUCGUUGUGCUCGUCCCAGUAUGCUUCGUUGCCCAUAACAUAAUCCGAGACUUCUACAAUCCAGUCAUCACAGUGGCUGAGAAGCGGGAGCUUGGGGAAGCCCUUUACAUAGGCUGGGCAUCUGCCUUCUGUCUUGUUGCGGGAGGGGCAAUUCUUUGUUACUUCUGCCGUUGCAAUGAAAAAAACAGAAGCUAUCGCUACUCGGUGCCUUCUCAACGUACAGCCUACCACAGCCACCAUACCCAAAGAAGAGCUGAAAGUUCAUAUUCUAAAAGUCAGUAUGUUUAG